UUGAUAGAACACGAGUGAAUUGUUGUCUUUUUGUUUGGAUUUCGAAGGAGGCUGUUACAAUUUCGGUUACAUUUAAAUGGCUACAACGGCUAGUCCUAGGAAAUCAAGAAAGGUAGAAGGAGAAGCAAACGGCGGGGACGAACACGAAAUUGUCGUGGAGAUAGAUAGUGUUCAGAAUGAAAUAGACACCUUGAAUGAAAAAGCCUCGGAAGAGAUUCUGAAAGUUGAGCAGAAAUUUAACUUGUUAAGAAAGCCACAUUUUGAACGGCGGACAGAUCUUAUCUCAAAGAUUCCACAUUUUUGGGUCACUGCUUUUUUAAACCAUCAACAAAUUAGUGCCCUGCUUGACGAAGAAGAUGAAGAAGCAUUACAAUAUCUUAAAUCAGUUGAAGUUGAGGAGUUUGAGGAUAUAAAAUCUGGAUAUAGGAUAAAAUUUCAUUUUACAGACAAUCCAUUCUUUGAAAAUGAUUUGAUUAGCAAAGAGUUUUCUUUAAAUGACAGUGGUGAUCAAGUAGCAAACUCAACAACUAUCAAAUGGAAAGAAGGAAUGGAUUUAACGAAAAGGUUCCAGGAAAGUGCAGCUGGUUCCAAACGUGCCCACCAAGAAGCACAAAGUUUUUUUAGCUGGUUUACAGAUGAGUCUGAUGGAGCAACGGAUGAAUUAGGAGAAAUGAUCAAAGAUGAAAUAUGGCCUAAUCCAUUGCAAUAUUAUUUUACAUUUGCAGGACAAGAUGAUGAUGGUGAUGAUGAAGGUGAAGAUGAUGAUGAGGAGGGUGAUGAAGAUAUAGUUGAAAUUGAUGAGGAUGAUGAAGAUGAUGACGAUGAAGUUGUUGUUAUUGAGGAAGACGAGGAGGACUUUGAUGAAGAUGAGGGUGAUGAAGGAGAAGACGAAGAUGUGGAUGGACAGGAAGGUGGAGAAGAUGAAGAUGAGUAUGUUGAAGAGGAGGAAGAAGAGGAAGGUGAUGAUGAACAGGAGGUAGAGGAUCCAGAAGCUGAUCCUGCACCCCAAGAUGAUGCUGCCUGAGUAUUGCCAUAUAGAACAGUGUAAAGAUAUGAACAAUUUUAUCAUCUUCAACGGCGAUGAGCCUAAAGGCUGUCCAUCUAUCACACGCAAAAACAGACAUUUCAAAAACAACCUGUAAACUAAGACCUCAUUUUUACUUUUCUUGCUUGUGUGUAUAUUAGGCUAUUGAACCCAAGUGAUACAAGUCAUGUUUAUAAUCUAGAAUGUUUUCGUAUAGUUUUGUUAGCGCGAGUUUACAAUUUCCACGAAAUCAACUGCUAAGCCUAAGGGUUGUGUUGGAAUUGCAUGAGUCACAGCUUCAAUAUUGAAGUUUUUGGUUUAUAAAGAAGAGUUUAUCUCUAUACGAGGUCUCCGCGCAAAAGAAUUUCAAUAUUUUUAUUGCUUGGGGAAAAUGGAUACGGUAAACAUUACCAAUUCACAAUUUCGGAUAACUCAGUAGCGAAACAAAACGAUUUACCAGUUUGAAAUAUGAAUGCAGGGAUUGAAUGGCGCAUAAAAUUGAAUAUAACUUUCCAGUUUACUUAUGACAUUAUAGAGUUUAAGGUAUCCGGACAGAAUUUGUAUAAUUAAACAAGCAAAAAGAAAAAUGCACGAAUGAAAACAAUGCUACCUGUGGUACCUAAUCUCUCUGUGAGGCAUCUGGAAUUAUGCGUAACUACUUAGUGGUGUGGAUUUUUCAAAUACUGCGCCUGCGCGGAGUUAUGACGAAGUUGUGAAAAACAAUACAGACGUAUGACAAUUGUCGUUAAGUUUAAAGAACAUAUAUUAAGGAUAAAUGGCCACUACUGGUUUAAAAUGCAGUUUUGAAACUGCGCGUUUGAAACGCAAUCAAACAGCUCAUGGAGUAAUGUGUUAUUUUGUGUAAAUUUGAUUGCAUAAGAGAAAUUCACUUUUUGCGUACGACGUUUCACGCAUUGUAAUUUGUUGUAAAUCACGGUUUUUAUUAAAACUCGCAA